AUGCAAGUAAACCACUAUCGAGGUCCAAAAAGAAGAAAGAAAAAAAUAACUACAAUCGGUUGCUCUAAUAAUACAGCAGUACAAGAAAAUUGGAAGAGGUGGCGAAAAAGAAAAGGUGGGCAUUUUCAAAAUUCAAGUGUGAUAAAUCCUGGUAAUGUACAACAGUACAAUAAACUAUCAAAUUAUGCUCAUGCACUUGAGAGCUUGGCAUCUCAACAAUCACCAAAAGGCCAACCAAUUACCAAUCACAGCAAGCAGAGCAACUCUAUCGAGAAGCAUGCUAGAUCAGGAUGCAUAACCGAUACCUUUUGA